AUGGCGGCGGCGGCGGCGGCGGCGGCGGCGGCCCCGGCGCCCGAGGCCUGGCCCGAGCUGGAGCUGGCGGAGCGCGAGCGGCGGCGCGAGCUGCUGCUGACGGGGCCGGGGCUGGAGCGGCGGGUGCGCGCGGCGGGCGGGCGGCUGCCGCCGCGGCUCUUCUCGCUGCCGCUGCUGCACUACCUGGAGGUGAGCGGCUGCGGGAGCCUGCGCGAGCCGGGCCCGGGGCUGGCGCAGGGCCUCCCGCAGCUGCACAGCCUCGUGCUGCGGCGCAACGCGCUGGGGCCCGGCCUGAGCCCCGAGCUCGGCCCGCUGCCCGCGCUGCGCGUGCUCGACCUGUCGGGCAACGCGCUGGAGGCGCUGCCGCCGGGCCAGGGCCUGGGCCCCGCCGAGCCGCCGGGGCUGCCGCAGCUGCAGAGCCUCAACCUCAGCGGCAACCGGCUGCGCGAGCUGCCCGCCGACCUGGCGCGCUGCGCCCCGCGCCUGCAGAGCCUCAACCUCGCGGGCAACCGGCUGCGCGCCUUCCCCGCCGAGCUCUUCCGGCCCGGCGCGCUGCCGCUGCUCAGCGAACUGGCGGCCGCCGACAACCGCCUGCGGGAGCUCAGCCCGGACAUCGCGCACCUGGCCUCGCUCAAGUUUUCAUCCGUGAUCGCAGACGUCGUGAAGCGGGAAAGCACGGGCUUGUGUCGCAGAGGUUCCUCUCGGUAUCGUCCGCUGACCUCGCGGACGCUGGACCUGUCCAACAACCAGCUCAGCGAGGUCCCGGCGGAGCUGGCUGACUGCCCCAAGCUCAAGGAGGUCAAUUUCCGGGGAAACAAGCUGACGGACCGGCGGCUGGAGAAGAUGGUCCAUGGCUGCCAGACCAAGUCCAUCCUGGAGUACCUGCGCAGCAGAGGCCGCGGCGGCGGCCGGGGCAAGGGCAAGGCCGAGGGCCCCGAGAAGGAAGAGGCCCGCAGGGGGCGGCGCGAGAGGCGGAGGAGGGAGAGUGGCGAGGGGGAGGAGGAGGAGGUGGACCCCGCCGGCAGGCUGCUGCUCCGGGUCCUGCACGUGUCUGAGAACCCUGCCCCGCUGACCGUGCAGGUCAGCCCCACGGUCAGGGACGUCCGGCCGUUCAUCGUGGGGGCCGUCGUGAGAGGCAUGGACCUGAAGCCUGGGAACGCACUCAGACGGUUCCUCACCUCCCAGACGAAGCUCCACGAGGACGUCUGUGAGAAGAGGACGGCGGCCACCAUCGCGACCCACGACCUCCAGGCCGUGCGCGGGCCCCUGCUCUAUACGGCCCGCCCACCGCAGGACCUCAAGAUCGUGCCCUUGGGGCGCAAAGAAGUCAAGGCCAAGGACCUGGUGCGGCAGUUGCAGCUGGAGGCGGAGGAGCACAGGAAGCACAAGAAGAGGCAGAACCUGUCGGGCCUGCACAGAUACCUGCACUUACUGGACGGGAAGGACAGUUACCCCUGCCUUGUGGACGCGGAUGGCGACGUGAUCUCUUUCCCACCGAUAACCAACAGCGAGAAGACGAAGAUUAAGAAAACAACUUCCGCUCUGUUUUUGGAAGUAACAAGUGCUGCGAGUCUGCAGACCUGUAAGCAGGUCAUGGACGCCCUCGUGCUGAAAAUGGCAGAAAUCAACAAGUACACGCUAGAAAAUCAAGAGGACGGAUCCCUUUCAGAUCCCGACGCCGAUGCGGUCUCCGGGCAGCCCCCGGACCCCAGCGGGAGCUCAGGUGCCGAAAAGGCCGGGAGCACCGCGCUGGUCGUGGAGCAGGUCCGGGUGCUGGACGAGGACGGGCACCUGAAGGUGGUGUACCCCUCCAAGACGGACCUGGGCCUCGCCGCGCCCCACGUGACCGUGAUCCGCUGAGCCCUGGCGCCCGCGCCAGCCAGCCGCGUGGGUCCUCAGCUCUGCCAGUUGUGCGGACGUUAAGUCCCUCGUUUCUCUCCCCGGUGGUUUGCAAGACCUGCGCCUCCCCUGCGGCCGUCCAGCCAGUCCGUCCUGCCGCAGCGAGACCGCGUUGCCAUGGACUUGAAUCGUUUUGCCUUUCCACCGCCAAACUGUUCUACUGAGGCUUUUUACAAAAUUCUCAAAUAUCAGAAUUAACUGUUCAAAACAUUCUGAAAUCAUGUGAACUCGGCCACUACCUUCAUUCAGGGGAGGAAACACACAGAUUGGCCUGGAUCUUCAGCUCCAACCCGGGAUCCUAAACCGCGUGUUUCAGCGGGCUGUGCCGGGAUUUUUCUGCGAUCUGGCGGCUUUGGAAACCUCAGCGUGCGGGGGCGCAGCCUCGAGGUGUGGAGAGACGCCCCAUCCCUAACUAGUUGGCCCCAAAUCGUUCUCUUUUUAUGAAAAAAAAAAUCUUUUAGGUGACCUUAGAAUUGGCAGCAGCAUUUUUUUCUUGCUCUUGUGGUUGGACGUGUCUGGGUUAAUGUCACAGGCCUCCCCCAGUGCAGCCCGGAGGGCGCAGCCCACAUCAGAACAUGUGGCUCAGGGCUCGCACGCAGCGCCCUGUCGUGGACUCGGUGCCCGUGGACUGGCCAUUCUGCCGUCUACCAGCUCGAGGACAGACGGGGGUGUGCGCAGAAGGCAAAGUUGGAAGCCAACAACCACAAAACAUGGCCGGUGAAUGGCUCUUCAGCAUUUUGUUUUAGGUUCUUUCCAGUUUUGAAUGUCUUGGGCCCCACACCACGGCGUGAGUGUGUGUGUGUUUCUGUGUGCAAGUGCACGUGCAUGCCCCUUCCUGGAACCCCAGGCCGCAGCCGGCCGCAGGGUAGGGGUUUCACUGACCUCCCUGCUUGGUGGCCGGGCUGGGCUACAAAACACCGACUCUGGCUUUUGGUAUUUUGUGACCCCAUCGGUGUCACGUUCUGUGACCUGCAAGAGACAGUUCGUGUGUUCUGCUGACUUGGGGAGUGUUUGCGGGAGGCUCACUGAACCCGUGCAUUUAGCCAUCAAAACCGGACACAGGGAAGCAGGGGAGCUCACGGAGGCACGAGGUUCUCCCAGAGCUCAGCCAGGCUGCUUUCGAGGACCCAGCGGGCUCUCUGGACAUCUCCAGGCCCUCCCGUCCCUGGGCUGACGGUGCCAGAUGGUGGCUUUUCCUUGUUUUGUUAACCCCAGACCUAACCAACAUCUGCGCUGGUGGCUCUGGCUUUGUUAUCUCAUGCACCCUGGGCUCCCAGGGAGUGACUGCUGUGGGUGGGCUGGCUGGCAUGGGUCUGCGGCUGGGCGGGCCACAUGCCGUCAGCUGUGACCUCGCUGACGGCAGAACUGCCGGCCUGGUGCCUUUCGGACGCAGCCCAGCCCUGCAUGAGGUGUGCGGAUGCACUGAGCUUACGACCAGAAACCAGACAUCCUUCCUCUUUGCCAGUCCGGCCCGCUCAUAAAAGUCCUUUAAUAAAAACAUCUGUGCCCCUCCCCA